CUAAGUGUGACGUAAGAAUUAGCGAGCCUGUCUUCAAAAGCGACUCCGUGCGUCGCCGUGCGUCGCCUCGAGAUUGCACUCUAGCAUGGUGGCAACCCUCUGAGUGAGACCAGGGAGGUAUGGCGGGACCUGAGUCCUGAAGGUGCAGUCCGCCAGAUUGCUCUAUUUCAAGGCGGUUGAGGGAGUUAGUGUCUAAGGCACCUCGAGUCUCCGCCGUCGCAUCCGCCUUUCAGGUCGACUCGAUACGUCGCAGUCGCGUGGUUGAAGUGUGCUUUCCGUGUGAAUCCUAUCAAGAAACGGCGCGCUGCAUUUUGUAGCAUCUCGAGUCGCUGCCAAGACAGAGCCGAAAAUCUCGGUGGGGGAGCACCUGUGCGUUGGCGGGCGUUGGGGGAGCGACAGGUGCCAUGGCGGGCGUCGGGGGAGCGUUUGGCGGCAGUCGGUCGCUGCAGCCGGUUCCCCCGGAAAAGGGCGUGUUCCCAUUGGACCACUUCGGGGAGUGCAAAGAGGUGAUGCGCGAGUACAUGGAGUGCCUGAAGCAGCACGGCAACCAGUCGGACAAGUGCCGAGACAUCGCCAAGAAGUACCUGCAAUGCCGCAUGGACAGGAACCUCAUGGCUCCUCAGAAUCUCUCAGAGCUCGGGUUUGACUCGGCAUCGUCAGGAGGGAAGGUAGCAUCCGACCAACAAUCUGCAGAUGCAGCAGCAGCAGCAGGUGCUGAUGGCUCGAGUACCAGCACCAUGAACAGACGAGAGGCUAAAGGAUUUAUUGCUGGCGUCAACCCUAGGUAGUACAUGUCAGCAAGAAUGGCAGCCUUCAGUUCAGAUCAGCAUUCAGCAGAAGCAGCAGCAGCAGCGGCACCAUGAGUAAACAACCCUAGAUAGGUAGCGGCUGCCACAUUGUUUCCCUGACUACCAUUAGUCAGGGUAAAAGAGCAAUCUCUUUCCGAUCCUCAAGUAAUGAUCAAGG